AUGAAAAAUCUGGAGCGAAGGAUCUGGAGUAGUAGGAGGACACUGCCAUUACCUAAGCCAACGAGCAACAGCGGAGCAAACAUUCACCUGGACGCUUUGAAGAACUACAUGAAAAUUGUCAACUACGAUCCUUUCCAAUGCUGUCCACUAAUGGCCAUUAACAGUGGAGGCAACACAGAGUAUUCAAAAUGCUUGAGAGCUCCAAGAGAAAUUUUAGAUCCUAAGAUUCUUGAUCAGAUGCACCUUCCUUCAGGAAGGAACGGAACAACUAUGCAGGGAACUAGAAGAUCUGACCCUCAAAAAGAAUUUUCUUCACAAUGGAUGCUGAUUAGCAAGGAGGAAAGCAGAAUGAAGCAUUUACAGGAUUGCGAAGAUAUGGUAUGGGAGUUGGCAAAGCAGAACUACGACUAUAAGGAAAAGUCGAAAGCUUUGUAG